AAGGCACCGAGCCCAGUUGAGCCAGAUGAUGAAACACUCAGCCCAGUCAAGACUGAAGAGAAGGCACCCAGUCUAAUCAAGCCUGAAGACCCAGUCAAGCCUGACGAGAUGGCACCAAGUCCAAUCAAGUCCGACGAGAAGGCACCUGGCCCAGUUAAGGCAGAUGAAAAGGCACCCAGUCCAAUCAAGCCUGACGAGAAGGCACCUAGCUUGGUUCAGGCCGAAGAGAAGGCACAUAGUCUAAUGAAGUCUUAUGAGAAGGCACCGAGCUCAGUUGAGCCGGAUGAGAAAACACGCAGCCCGGUCAAGACUGUUGAGGAGGCACCUAGCUCAGUUAAGGCAGAUGAGAAGGCACCCAGUCCAACCAAGCCUGACGAGAAGACACCGAGCCCAGUUGAGCCGGAUGAGAAAACGCCCAGCCCAGUCAAGACUGAUGAAAAGGCACCCAGUCUAUUCAAGUCUGAAGAGCCGGUCAAGCCUGACGAGAAGGCACCUAGCCUGGUUCAGGCCGAUGAGAAGGCACAUAGUCUAAUCAAGUCUGAUGAGAAGGCACCGAGCUCAGUUGAGCCGGAUGAGAAAACACGCAGCCCGGUCAAGAGUGAUGAGGAAGCACCCAGUCUAAUCAAGCCUGACGAGAAGGCACCAAGCCUAGUUAAGGCAGAUGAGAAGGCACCCAGUCCAAUCAAGCCUGCUGAAAAGCAACCUAGCCCAGUUCAGGCAGACGAGAAGGCACCCAGUCAAAUCAAGCCUGAUGAAAUGGCACAAAGCCCAGUCAAGGCAGAUGAGGAGACACCCAGCCCUGUCAAGCCGGAUGAGACAACACCCAGCGCAAUCAAGACUGAUGAAAAGGCACCCAGUCCAAUCAAGCCAGACGAGAAGGUACCUGGCCUGGUUGAGGCAGAUGAAAAGGCACCCAGUCCAAUCAAGCCUGACGAGAAGGCACCUAGCCCAGUUAAGGCAGAUGAAAAGGCACCCAGUCCAACCAAGCCUGACGAGAAGGCACCAAGCCCUGUUGAGCCGGAUGAGAAAACACCCAGGCCAGUCAAGACUGACGAGAAGGCACCUAGCCCAGUUAAGGCAGAUGAGAAAGCACCCAGUCCAACCAAGCCUGACGAGAAGGCACCAAGCCCUGUUGAGCCGGAUGAGAAAACACCCAGCCCAGUCAAGCCUGACGAGAAGGCACCUAGCCCAGUUAAGGCAGAUGAGAAAGCACCCAGUCCAACCAAGCCUGACGAUAAGGCACCGAGCCCAGUUGAGCCGGAUGAGAAAACGCCCAGCCCAGUCAAGACUGAUGAAGAGGUACCCAGUCUAAUCAAGCCUGAAGAGCCGGUGAAGCCUGACGAGAAGGCACCCAGUCCAAUCAAGCCCGACGAGAAGGCACCUACACCAGUCAAGGCUGAUGAAAAGGCACCCAGCCCCGUCACGCCUGAUGAAAAUGCACCCAGCCUAGUCAAGACUGAUGAGAAGGCACCCAGUCCAUUUAAGCCUGACGAGGAGGCACCCAGUGUAAUAAUUAAGCCCGACGAGAAGGCACCUAGCCCAGUUAAAGCAGACGAGAAGGCACUCAGUCAAAUCAAGCCAGACGAAAAGGCACUGAGCCCAGUUGAGCCGGAUGAGAAAGCCCCCAGCUCAGUCAAGACUGAUGAGAAGACACCCAGCCUAGUCAAACCUGACGACGAAGAAGUAGUGGAUGACAAGCUUGAGGAGAAGGUGCCUGGUCCAAUCAAGCCUGACGAGAAGGCACCGAGCCCAGUUGAGCCGGAUGAGAAAACACCCAGCCCAGUCAAGACUGAUGAGAAGGCACCUAGCCCAGUUAAGGCAGAUGAGAAGGCACCCAGUCCAAUCAAGCAUGACGAGAAGGCACCGAGCCCAGUUGAGCCGGAUGAGAAAUCACCCAGCCCAGUCAAGCGUGACGAGAAGGCAACUAGUCCAGUUAAAGCCGAUGAGAAGGCCCCCAGCUCAGUCAAGACUGAUGAGAAGACACCCAGCCUAGUCAAACCUGACGACGAAGAAGUAGUGGAUGACAAGCUUGAGGAGAAGGUGCCUGGUCCAAUCAAGCCUGACGAGAAGGCACCGAGCCCAGUUGAGCCGGAUGAGAAAACACCCAGCCCAGUCAAGACUGAUGAGAAGGCACCUAGCCCAGUUAAGGCAGAUGAGAAGGCACCCAGUCCAAUCAAGCAUGACGAGAAGGCACCGAGCCCAGUUGAGCCGGAUGAGAAAUCACCCAGCCCAGUCAAGCGUGACGAGAAGGCAACUAGUCCAGUUAAAGCCGAUGAGAAGGCCCCCAGCUCAGUCAAGACUGAUGAGAAGACACCCAGCCCAGUCAAACCUGACGACGAAGAAGUAGUGGAUGACAAGCUUGAGGAGAAGGUGCCUGGUCCAAUCAAGCCUGACGAGAAGGCACCGAGCCCAGUUGAGCCGGAUGAGAAAACACCCAGCCCAGUCAAGACUGAUGAGAAGGCACCGAGCCCAGUUGAGCCGGAUGAGAAAACGCCCAGCCCAGUCAAGACUGAUGAAGAGGUACCCAGUCUAAUCAAGCCUGAAGAGCCGGUGAAGCCUGACGAGAAGGCACCCAGUCCAAUCAAGCCUGACGAGAAGGCACCCAGUCCAAUCAAGCCUGACGAGAAGGCACCCAGUCCAAUCAAGCCCGACGAGAAGGCAUCUACACCAGUCAAGGCUGAUGAAAAGGCAACCAGCCCCGUCACGCAUGAUGAAAAAGCACCCAGCCCAAUCACGGCAGAUGGGAAGGAUCAUAGCCCAGUCAAGCCUGUAGAGAAAGCAUAUAGUUCAGUCAAACCUGAUGAGAAGAUGGCUAGUUCAGUCAUGCCUGAUUACAAACCAAUUGUGGAUGACGUACUUGAAGAGAAAGCACCUAGUGCACCCAAACUUGAUGAGAAAGCGCCUAGCCCAGUCAAGCCAGAUGACAUAAAACCUGUAGCUGAUAUGUUUGAUGAGAAGGUAGUAGGUAGCUCUCUCAAGUUUCAAGACAAAGAGGAGACUUCUUUCAAAUCAGAAGAGAUGUCAUUGGAUAAAGAAAAACUAGACAAUGGAUAUAUAAGUCCAAGCAUUUCUGUACAAGAAGUAGCUUAUUCAUUCUUUGAUGAUGCAGAACUUGAAGAAAGACUGAAAGAUUUUAAGCCCAUGGGAGACUCGGAAGAAAAAACUGUAACGCAGUAUUUGACGGUUACUGAAAGAGGUGUUGUAAUUGUUAGGACUUUUAUAAUUACUUCUAUUGUUCAGAAGUACUAUAGCAUUACUAGAACUACAAUAAUUUACAAAAUCGUGAUUAACACUAUUGAAGAAGACGAGCUGCCAGAUGGUACUAAAGUCAGGCGUACAUACAAAAAAACUACGUUGAGUGAUACCAAGCCCAGUGUUGAACAACUUUUGCAGCUUUGUUCUCUUCAAAUGAUUGACGAAGAACACCAUAAAGAAACACAGGAAAUUGUGAAGAAAGUAAUAAAACCUGUAGAAUUAGGUGUCAUUUCAGUUCUACCGACACCAAUUCCCAAAGAGUCAAGCGCCGUAGAAGACGGUGACUUCUCUAUUGCAUUCAAACCAGGUGAAAAAGAGCCAAAAUCUGUUGCACCUAGCCAGAAGGCUGACAAAAAAGAUAUAAGCCCCACAAAGGCUAUUGAGAAAGCACCUAUUCCAAUGAAGCCUGAUGAUUUUGAGAAAUUAUCUAUUACAGAAACAGGAGUGGAUGUUGUAGAUGAUGAAGAUUUUGAAUCAAUUAGUAGACCCAUAGAAGACAGCACUACAAAAACCGAAAUAGUUACUGAAGACGGUGCAAUGAUUCAGAGAAAGAUCACUGUCACCACUACUACACAAGAAUUCAUCAACUCGGCUCAAACUGUUAAGCGUAUCAAAACGACAAUUAGAACCGUAGUAGAAGAUGAGCAUCCAGAUGGUUCUGUCAUCAAGAAAACUAGUGAAAAAAUAACAUUAGCAGAUGAAAGUAUUGUAGAGGAAACAGAUAAUACUGAUGAGGCCGACAAUGCAAAGAUUGAAGAAAUUCUUAGCAAUCUUACUCCAUCAGAACCUGAAAUCACCGAAGACGUUAAAAUUGAAGAAAUCACUGAAAAUAAAAUCAUAAUACAGAGAACUAUUGUUACUAAGAUCAUUAAAACAAAGUACUCUGACAUUCGUGGUGUACCACACAAAGUUAAAACAGAAACUAUUGUAACUACAAGUGAUAAAUAUCCUGAUGGAACAACAAAAACGACUGUUGAUACAAGUAUUACAAUUACAAACUUUAGCAUUGAAGAACAUCUAACAAAACCACAUCCCGAGGAAAGCACUGUUAGCAAACAGAAACCAGACACGCCUGAUGAGAAAGCAGCUAGGCCAGCCAAGCUUGAUGAGAAGGCUACUAGCCCAGUCAAACCUGAUGAGAAAACACCUAGCUCAGUCCAAUCUGAUGAGGUAGGAUCUAGCCCAACCAAGCUUGAUGAUAAGGCGCCUAGCCCAACUAAGUCCGAUGAGAAAGCACCUAGUUCAGUCAAGCCUGAUGAGAAGCCACCUAGCCCAGUCAAGGCUGAUGAGAAGGUACGUAGCCCAAUUGAGCAUGAGAAGAAAGUAGCUAGCCCAGUCAAGCCUGAUGACAAGGCACCUAGCCUAGUCAAGCCUGAUGAGAAGGCACUUAGCCCAGUCAAGCCUGAUGAGAAGGCACUUAGCCUAGUCAAGUCUGAUGAGAAGGCACCCAGGUCAGACAAGCCUGAUGAGAAAGCACCUAGCUCAGUCAAAUUUGAUGAGGAAGCACCUAGCCCAACCAUGCUUGAUGGUAAGGUGCCUAGCCCAAUUAAGCCUGAUGAGAAGCCAUCUAGCCCUGUCAAGCCUGAUGAGAAAGCACCUAGACCAGCAAAGUCCGAUGAGAAAGCAACAAGCCCAGUCAAGCCUGAUGAAAAGGCACCUAGCCCAACUAAGCCAGAUGAGCAAGCACCUAGCCCUGUUAAACCCAACGAGGAAGUAUUCAGUCCGAGCAAGCUUCUUGAGAAGGAGCCAAAAUCUGAUAGUGAAAAGGAUCGACGAUUAGAAAAGAGUGAAGGUUCUACAAAGGAAAUGCAAAGAAAAUCCAAAGAUGAUGAAAAGGACAUUGAUGAAAAGGAAUAUCUUGAUGAACCUACUCAUAUUACAAGUGGUAAGAUGAUACCUGAGAAAGAGAUUUCACCCAAAAUUGAGGAUAUAACAGAUCAUACUGUUGAUGAUGAAAUCGUUCCAAAAUCUAUAAAUAUAAUAGAAACAAAAUUAGACAAGCAUCCAAUAGAUAAAAAAGUGGACAUUCUUGAUGUAGACACGGAUGAAAAGGAAAUUUACGAAGAUGGUGAGUCAGUAAGUGAAGAUAGUCAAGUAUUAGAAAAAGUUGAUGAUAAGCACAUUUCCGUUACAACAACAAAGAUGCAGUCCCUAAUUAGUCAAUCUGAAGAAAUGCUGAAACAAGAAAAAAUGGCUAUAUCUCAGUCACAUCACACAAUUAAGCCUCACGAUAUCAAAAAGAGAUCUAUCGUGGAUGAAAAAUACACACAAGAAAUGAUUGAGAGCAUAACAGAUACUCACACUCCUAUUCCACAUGGCAGCAGCUCUGAAGAUGUAUCUAGAGAAACGAGCCUUGAAGAAAAAUAUAGUUUCGAAGGUACUGAAAAAUCAGAAAAGAAAUCCCUUAAAGAUAAGUUAUAUUCUGAUGAAACAUUAAGUCAUAAAGUGGAUUCAUUAACUAUUGAUGACUCAGUUACUUCAACGUUGAAGGAUACGGAUUCCACAAGAGUUCAUGAUGACAAAACUCAAGAACUCGGAUCACCUAAGGAUGAAAUUCCUUUAUCUGAAGCAUCUGAUUCAGGAGUUCACAGUAUACCGACAGAUUUAGGACCAAGUGACGAAAAAAUUGUGGUGCAAGCAAUGAAAGAUAGUGCUGUGCAUCUUAUGGAAUCUAUACAUAAGGCAUUUGAAGAAGAUACUGUGCAACAAGGAAUCAAAACUGAAAGCAUUGAAUCCUUAGUCAGGGUAUCUACUCCCCCAACAGUUCCAGUAAGUCCGCUUCCUAAAACUCCUAGUAGCUUCCAAGAUGUGAAGAUUAGUGAUGGAGUUCAAAGUGAAGUUACAUAUGACAAGUCUGAUGGCAGUGAAGAAACUAUUACAAAAGUGGUCCAUGUAGGAGAUGACGUACUCACACAAAGAAUUUCAACAUCAACUGAAAAGGUACCCAAAAAGACGACAACCCUAGCAGACGAUGAAUCAGAUCUCUUAUCUCUAAUGCAAAACGUAGGAAAAAUCAAAACUGAAACUGAUACUGUAACAAAGAUUAUCAAAGAAGGUGAAAAUGUUGUAACACAGACUAUAACUACCGUGACUACUAAAGAAGUAAUCUCAAGAGAAGAUGAGACACCUCAAAACAUUAAGACCACUAUAGAAACUACAACACUUAGCAAAGGAUCUGAUGGUUCUACAACUACAACAAAAGACACACAAACAUUACUAUCAGAAUGUUCUUCCAGCCUUAGAUCUACCUCAUCAAUGGAUUUAUAUGCAAAAGAUAGAAUAGAUAAAGAUUAUUUGGAAAACGAAGAAAAGUUUGAAAUUCGUGAUUUGACUGAUAAACGUGAGUCUUCCGUGCCUAAAGAUGUAGAAUCUCUCAAAUCCUUUUUAAGUGAGACUGAUGAAUCAGACGACAAUGUUGAAGAUACAAUUAUUGAUACGGAUGUUAGUAAACGAAUAAUUAAAGAAAAUAACAAAGACGUUAUGGAAACUGUAACAACAACAACCAAAAAGGAAACAAUCAAGGUCAGUGACAUCAAAAAAUUGAUCCGAACAACAAUUGAAACAAAUGUCACGAAAGAACAUCCUGAUGGUUCAAAAGAUGUUCAGAAAAACGUUGAAGUUAAGACUGAAGAAAUUAUUUUAGAUUCUAGCAGUAAUUUAGAUAACAUUCUUAGCGAAUUUGUAAUUUGUGGUGAGCCUGAAGAAAGUGUUACAUCCAAAACAGAGGAAAUUAAACAAGAGACCUUUACCAUAAGACGUACAAUUGUCACAAGAAUAGUUAAAAUCAAAUAUGCAAAUAAACAAGGUGUACCCAAAAAACUCAAGACUGACACAACUAUUACCACCACAGACGAUUACCCUGAUGGAUCAUCUCGCACUAAAGUAGAUAGUAGUACAUCACUGACCGAUAUUGACGUAGAACCCGUAGAAACCCUUGAGCUCCAGGGCAUGGUUUUAGUUGAAGACAAAUCAGUUGAUAGUGAUCAGUGCGAAAAAAGUAUUACUAUUAAUGGAAAAAAUGCUUUGCAAAUUAUAACAACUACAACAACAAAGGAAAUUUUGAGUAAUAUUGAUAGAACUAAGAGAAAGCUCAAGACCACCGUUGAAACUGUGACAGAAACUAUGCUUCCCGACAGUACUACAGAAGUUACGAAGGAUGUCAAAGUUUCUGUUUCAGAUAUCGGUAUAGAUGCUGUAGAUGAAAGUCUCGAAGGCUUUGAAUCAAUUGGCAAACCCAUGGAAGACACCACUACAGAAACCGAAAUAGUUACUGAAGACGGUGCGAUUAUUAAAAGAAAGAUUACUAUUACCACGACUACACAAGAAUUCAUCAACACAGCCCGAACUGUUAAGCGUAUCAAAACAACAAUCAGAACCGUAGUAGAAGAUGAGCAUCCAGAUGGCUCUGUCAUCAAGAAAACUAGUGAAAAAAUAACAUUAGCGGAUGAAAGUAUCGUAGAGGCAACAGAUGAUACUGAUGAUGCAAAGAUUGAAGAAAUUCUCAACAGUUUUACUCCAUCAGAACCUGAAAUUACCGAAGAUGUUAAAACUGAAGAAAUCACUGAAAAUAAAAUCAUAAUACAGAGAACUAUUGUUACUAAGAUCAUUAAAACAAAGUACUCUGACAGUCGUGGUGUACCACACAAAGUUAAAACAGAAACUAUUGUAACUACAAGUGAUAAAUAUCCUGAUGGAACAACAAAGAUGACUGUUGAUACAAGUAUUACAAUUACAGACGUUAGCAUCGAAGAACAACUAACAAAACAAAAAGCACAUCCUGAUGAAACUAAAGCCACCAAAUCGGAAGACAAGCCCUCAAAACCAGUCGUUAAUGGUGUUCAUGAAGAACCUGAAUUAGCUAAACAGAUAUUAGGUAAACCCAAAGUAACUGACAAGUCUCCUAUGGAAGCGGAAACGCCAAUACAUGACGAUGAGAGCUCUUCGGAAAGCAGCAAAGUGGAUUCCGCUCUAAAAGAAUUUAUUCCUGUAGGUGAACCUGAAAUAAGUGAAUCUAGCGAGUCCGUUGAUGUUAAAGAGAAAGAUAUAAUCAUUAAAAGGAUCAUUGUAACCAAAAUAAUCAAAACGAAAUAUUCUGAUAAACAAGGUAAUCUCAGAAAACUCAAGACUGUUACGAUUCUCACUACAACUGAUAAGUAUCCAGAUGGUUCAGCUCGUACAAUUGUUGAAAGUAGCACUUCAGUUACCGAUAUAGAAGUUGAAACUGCAGAUGAUGUUGAUGGUUUUGAUCCCAUUGGAGAACCAAUCGAGGACACCACUACUGAAACCAAAACUAUAACCGAAGACGGUAUUAUUAUAAAAAGAAAAAUAACUAUCACUACAACUGUGCAAGAGUAUACUAACGGAGAACAAAACAUUAAACGAACUAAAACAACAGUAAGGACAGUAAUAGAAGAUGAACAUCCCGACGGGUCUGUUGUCACUAGAGCUAGUGAAAAGAUCUCAUUAGUAGAUGAAACUCUUAAGGCUCACGAGCCUACUGCUGAGGAACAGGCUGAAAUGAAAAAGUUAGAAGCUGCACUUAAAGAUUUAUCGCCCUCAGGUGAACCUGAAAUAAGUGAAGAUAUAGAUAUCGAGGAAAUUAAGGAAGAUGGAAUACAAAUAAAAAGAAUUAUUGUAACUAAAAUUGUCAAGACAAGGUAUAUGGACAGCCAACACGUUCUCAAGAAACUAAAAAUAGUAAAAACUGUUACAACAACCGAUGAAUAUCCUGAUGGUGCUGCGAAGACUACUGUAGAUACUAGUACAUCAAUAUCUGAAAUCAAAGAAGACCAAAAAGAUAUCCCAAGUCAACACAUUGUAGGUUAUGAGCAAGUUGGUGAUGUACAAAUUAAUGUCGAGACUAAACAUAAUUUGAUAUUAAGAGAUGGAAAAGAACUUCAACAAAUAAUCACAAUUAAGACAACAAAGGAAGUUCUAGAGUCACAAGAUGGAAAGAAGAAAGUAAGAACUACAGUAGAAACUGAGAGUCAAAUUGGACUACCUGACGGAAAUACAGAAAUAACAAGAGACAAGAAAGUAACACUCGACGAUUACAAAUCAGAAACAUUUUACGAAAAUCUUGUAGGAUACAUUGAAAUUGACAAACCAAAAGAAUCAGUGCAAACUGCUGAAGAUUCUAUUACAGAAAAUGGUAUAAAGAUCAUUAGGAAAAUUACAGUCAUAACGACUGCACAAGAAUUUGAAAACACUGUUACCCGUUCUAGGAAGAUUAAAACAACAACCAGAACUGAAACCGAAGAUGAAUAUCCUGAUGGUACUGUAAUAACAAAAAAGAAAGUAACUGUUACAAUUACUGAUGUGACUGGGCAUUCAUACAAAAAGCAUGAAGACGUCCCAGAACGACCAGAUGACUUGCCCAUUAGCGAUACAGAAGUCGUUGAAAGUAUGACUGAGGAUUUCGAUGUCAAAAACGAAAUAUUACAGCGUGGAUCUAUUACAAUAAGGCGCAAAAUCACAAUAGCGACAAAACGAGAAUUCUUGGCUAGCAACGAUGUGAAUAUUAAGCGCGUCCGAACGACUGUUGAAACUACAACUGUGGAUGAAUUCCCUGAUGGUGCAACAGAAACAACGAAAGAUGUAAAAAUAACGAUCUCGGAAUUCCAAAAGACAUCAGACAGUGAUUUACAAGCGGCAUUGCAAGGAUUAGAACCAACAGGCAAAGUUAAAACAUCUGUUGAUAAAAAGACUAAUAUUAUCAAAUCCGACCAUGGCGAAAAAAUAACUCAGACAAUUACAACAAACGUCACUAAGGAGGAACUUUGUCAUUGUAAAACGAACGACGUUGCCGUCAAAACAGUAACGGAAACUAUAACUGAAAAUGCUAAAGACGAUGGCACAGUGGAAACAACGAAAGAUGUUCGCACACAAAUCACAUAUCUACCUCCAGGAACAGGGCUCGAUGAUUGGUCUCCAGAAGAACUGGAAGAAAUAGAGAAGCAACCGGUUGCUCAAGAAGAAAGGCAAAUUCUGGAUAACGUGCCCGGUGAUACUCAGAAACCAACUGAUAUAAAAGAAAAGCCAGAGUCUAAGCCCAAGAAACAACGCUCACCAGUUGGAGAAAUAACCACUGACACGGAAACGUACACCAAAGUUAUCAAAGAAGGAGAUAAUGAAAUAACACAAACUAUAACUGUUGUCACAACCAAAGAAGUAAUCAGUCCCGAAAAAAUUAAAAUAACCGUUGAAACCACUACAGUUAGCAAAGGAAGCGACGGUGUCACUAAGACCACAAAAUCUACAAAAACCACUAUUUCCGAAUUUCGGGAAGAAUACGAAGAAACUGUAGACACUGGUGAAAGUGAAAAAUCAUUCUCCAAACUCUCUUCAAAAACUGGAGAUAUGCGCAGUUCGUCAGCAGCGAGCGACGACUUAGAUCACCCUGGUAUAUCUUCACCGCCAUCAGAUAUAAGCUCAAGAGGGUCCAGAGCUGCUACUCAUAUCUGGGGCACAGAGAGCAGCGGAAUGUAUUAUAGUGAUGAAGACGGUCAGGGUAGUCCCAGCAGUACAAAAUCUCAGAUCGCACAUUCACCGAGAUCAAACCUCAGCUUUGAGUUAGACACGGCGAAAUCACAACACGACUUAUUCGAAAAACCAGACCCAAUGUCAACUUCAAUUUACGGACAACUUCCUGAAGAUGACUCGUAUAAAUCUUCAUCACAUUCUGAAGUAACGACGACUGAGUUACUGACAAGCUCGGCAAGAAAAAUGACGGAAGAUUUCUUAACAAAAGAAAGAUCAGAACAUCAGAAACAUAGCGAUGCUACCUUCUUCAAAGAAGCUGACGAACAUUUUGAGAAAGCAAUCGAAGAGCAUAAGAAGGUUAGCGGAUCCCAAGUUAUUUCAAACAUAACAGCGAAAUACGAACUUGACUCGAAAUUCCACUCUAGUUCAAGUCACUCUUCGAAAGAAGAAAGUACAAUUACGUUAAAGGAUAUUAAAUCUGAAACUAAAAAAGUGACAGAAAGCAGUUCAUCAAGCAAACAGGAAACAAAAUUCGAGAAAUCUGAAGUUACCAGUGAAACUAGUAAACCAUCCAAAGAUCCUAUCGAGUCUUGGGGAAAGCCACUAGGUCUGCCUAGUCCGAUUGGAGCCCCAAUGCAAACAGAUGGCAAGAGCACUCCUAAAAAGCAAGCAAGUUCAACAGUAUUGAACAAAAAUAAGAUCAACCAGGAGAAGAGCAAGGAAGCGAAGAGUCGCGCAUCAGAGUCUCCCAGUAAGAAGAAAGCUCCCGCGCCUGUCUACAUGGAGCUGACAUAUGUUCCACAUCACGGCAACUCAUACUAUUCAGCCAUUGAAUUCUUCAAACGUGUCAGGGCUCGUUACUAUGUGUUCUCUGGAACAGAGCCAUCGAAGGAAAUCUACAACGCCCUGCUCGAUGCCAAGAAGACAUGGGAAGAUAAAGAUUUAGAAGUCACCAUUAUCCCAACGUAUGACACCGACGUUCUUGGCUACUGGGUGACAGAGAACGAGGAAGCUCUGGAGAAGUACAAGAUCGACCUCUCGCCGUCUGCGUCACGGUGCACCAUCAACCUUCAGGAUCAUGAGACAUCGUGUGCGGCCUAUAGACUCGAGUUCUAGGUUUCGGGUCUAUUUGUAGCCUUCUCAUCGAAGAAGUGAGCCCCUUCCGCGGAGUCGACGCUUAUGAACCGAAUGAACCAAAGAAAAGUGUAAUUGUUGUUGUAGAAUAAAAAGGCUGUGAUAAUGAAAGAAGUGCUCGUAAGCAUCGACUCCUGUGGCCACUACUUCGCGUGAGAGCGUUUGCAAAUAGAUGCCGAGUUUUUGUGAUAUUUGAAUGCAAUUAACAGACUGUUAAAGAGUUUGAUAAAAUCUUAGUUAUUAAUGAACGUAACGAUAACCAAUGCGAUAACGAAAGUGCUGGUGUCAAUGUGUUGUGCUACCCACGGCCGAGUCGUAACUCCCAAACUGACAGUGUCCUGACCACAUCCAAUUGUAAAGUCAAUAACCAAUUCUCGACCUAAGAACAGAGACGUCCAUUUUUUUCUAAAAUACAACUGUUUUCUAGUAGCUUGCCAUUUAAAAUAUAUUUCUGAUGAUGUUUUAAAAUUUGGUCUUAUACAAAACUGUAGUGCUUUUAUACAUGAAUAUUUAGCGUAACCAGUCCAUUUUGUUUAGCCAAAACACCGCUUUGCGAUCAAAAUUUUUGGGGGGAUGUAAAAGAGAAAUUAUUUUGCUAUCGCCAUUUGUAAUUUACAAAUUGUACAAAAUAUCUUAGCGGCAAUUCUUUUAUUUAGCGUAGUCGCUUAAAAAGGACGUGAUUAACAAAUGAAUGUCAUUGUAACUGACGCUAACGUAAACCUGAUAGUACUUUUAUAAAGGUUUAAAUAAAGAUAUACUUAUAAACAAAUUGUCUUAAAAAGACAUUCUUAAAAUGUAAAGUCGCUCGUCGAGGCUAGUGCUGCGUGCGCUAGUUUGUAUUAAUAUUUGUUAGAUGAGACUUAUUAUUACGACUCUAGAACGACAAAGAUGACUUCUCGUGACAGCCUGUACCUCGUAAGUAAUCCAGUUAGAUGUAAGGAGUGACGUUUUUCACAUUUAUUUUGAACUCGAGCUUAUUUCCCUGCAACUUUGAACAGACGAGUGGCAGCGAUCGAUGGUAGCACGGACGAGACUUUAUAUGUACCCGACGCACGUUGUUGUCGACCUCAGAUUCUACAUCACGCUAACGAAAUUUAUCUUCUAAGCUAUUUUCGAAUACGUUGCGCAUAAUAUCACAAGCUAACGCAACAUUCCAUUAUCGUGACAACGUUAAGCGUAAACUUCAACAGAAGAAUAUAAGAUUUUAGACACAGAUUCGAUUAUAAUGGAAGAAUCCUGCAACUUCGAUGCUAAUUGGAUGUGUGUCCAAUAUGUUUAUAUUCGUGUUGAAGUGUGAACGACAAUCGUUCGUUGCCACAUUACUGAAGACAUCUGUGUUAUUCUAGACCAACAGUGAGCCUAAAACGAUAGAGAGCUUAACCAUUAUAAAUAAUAAAUGUUUUAGUAGAAAAACUAUAAUUAAAGAUUUCAUUAUAUUUACCUCUGUUUAAGUUGAUACAUUGCUUGUUGCGUCGAGGUAUAACAUAGUUAUAAUUACGUGUUAUAUAAAUUUAACUCAUUUCCAAAAGAUAAUUAUUGAAGUAAAGAGAUUUUUGAAUCUCUGUUUCUAUUACGUUGGCAUCUAUAUAUAUAUUAUAUUUUCGGUCUGUUGUAUUUUGUUUUAAAUUUCUAGUCGUGGCGACCCAAAUACUUAUAAAAAUCGUUAUAGUCUUUAUAAAUUCGUUCCUAUUCAGAUGAAUUGUUUUAAGCGUUUUUCUAAUAAUAAUUGUUUUGACGAAGAUGAAAUCCUCAUGUAUUAUAGAUAAAUAUCCUCUCCAUUAGAUUUCCGAUUCGUUUCCAAGUGUUAUGUUCGGAUGUGAGCGAAUGAUAAUGAUCCAUAAAUGAUUCAGCAUAUAGUGUGUAAGCAGUGUUCGAGGCUUUCCUCCGACACACGGCAGGCGAGCCUGUUCCCCUCGAUUCAAUAUUAAUGUUUAACAUCUUGUUGAUGGCAGUGCUCACUUGCUCGUGUUUCCACAUUACGUUGUCCUAAUUUGCCAAAUAUCCAAUGAAAAUGUUUGAGUCAAUUAAUUUUAAGUCAUCCAUAGAUAUAAGUGGAUUAAUGUCAUACAACAAUCGCUUACUUCGCCAACAUUUCUUAUUAAAUAUAGAAAAAUAAUAGCGAAAACAAUUCGUACUCUGAACGCACCAGCACAAUGUAAUAACAUAACAAAAAAAACUUUAAAAAAAUGUAAACGAAAAAAAAAAGAAUACAUUUUUUUAUUUUAUUUUUUAUGUAUGUCAACGAAUGAGUUUUUAUUUUAUAGUUUAAAAAUACAUAAUUAAUAUAGUAUGUGUUUCUGUGUGUGGAUUGAUGUGAGCACAAUAUUGUUUCAUUACGUGGUUUAUGCUUUAGGUAGUUUGGAUGGGACUAAACAGGGAUGUGAGAAUACCUUGUGGGAUGGGGUCUGAACCGAUGCUACUGCCGUUGUUACCACCAUUGGCUUCCAGUCAAUUCUAGGAAUAAGCAGCGCUUUUACAUCAACACGCUGCACAAAUAUCUACAUUAUUUUAAAGAUAUAAAGCUCAGAUUGUGUGUGACACAUCUUUAAAAUAAUGCAUGUAUUCUAUUUUUGAGUACAUCGGUGAUGACGACUUUAAAAGCUUCGAACAAAAUGAGAUUUUGAGUAUUUUUUUUAACUAGGCUUUGUUAUGUUCAGCCGGCAUCCACUGUCUAGCUGGCUGUAAAGCCUGACCCUAAAGUUUACUAUUGUAUUUUAUAGCUAGAAUUCUAAUUAAUGCAUAUUAUUAGGAAUAUUAAAAAUGUUAUUAAAAUUAAGAAUUGUAUCAGCUUAGUGAACAUCAAUAGCUCUGAGAAAUAAACCAUUAUUGAAAUUAUUAAA